AUGACGAGCUCACAAAGGGAGGUAGUCAUCUGCAUCGAUAUGGGAAUGACUGGAACAGAUGGCGAGACAGCAAAUUGGACAUACCGUGGGCUAGCCCAAGAGAAUACAAAAUCCCGACCAAAGUGGCAUAUGGCACCUAAGACAAUGAUGGGCCUCUUAUCGCGUGGGGCAGCUAAUGCGACGGGUACCCUUUCACCCAGUACUGUGCCCGGGGGACCAGGUUCACAACUAGAGCUCCAUCGUUGGGUUCGCCAUUAUCUAGGCGCCUUUUGCGCCGAGGUUGUGGCUGUCAUAGACAGAGAUGCCGCCCCUAAGUGGCGAGACGCGGAUGUGAUUUGGAACUUCACCGUCCCUGGCAGCUGGUCUGCGCUUCCAGUCGUAGCAGACUUCAAGCGGCUGGCGGGAGAGGCCGUGUCGCCAUGCUUCCCGAACGGCAAGGGCUUCCGCAUUUGCUGCGAUGUGAAAGAAGCUACGGCGUCAGCACAGAGUCUUCUGGUUGAAGGCUCGGUCAGCAAAAAGAAAGAAUACGAAGUUGGGAACGUGGUGAUUUCUUGCGAUAUCGGUGGGGCCACCACGGAUAUUGCUAUCUCCACAGUAUCCAGUGCUGGAACGCUGACCACUUGGCCCCAGUUGGAGACAGAAUCAGCGGGAAUGGUCAGCAUCGAAAAGGAGUUUUGGCUCCACGCAAGCCACUUUUUCCGAAGCGUAGGAGCUUCAAACCCUGACCAGCUAGCUCUAGAGAUAGCCCGAGGUAAGAAUUUUCAGAGGGCGAGAGCAGAAUUUAUGAAAGGUCGGGCUGAGGAGCGCGUCAGUAUCACGCUCCCGGAUUCUUGCAAUGUGGAGAAAUGGUCGCCUCUAGAGGCAACAAGCCCUAGAAUGUCAACCAUCAAUGGAGGCAAGCUUUCCAUACACAGGGAUGUGUUCGAGUCGUUCUUUAGGCAGUUCGCGGAACAUAUCGAAGCGGCGCUCGACGAAGCGGUCACAACUGCAAGAACAGCAAAGAAGGAACCUGCUGUAAUCGGAUUCUGUGGAGGCGGAUGUAGAACUGAAUACGCCAUCAAACGUUUUCAGAGCAGGUACGAUCCGAUUCCCAUCGCGGAUCACACCCACCUCACAAUUCAACCUGAGAUGGCAACUGUCGUGGGCAGCACCUUGAUAUGGGACCAAAACAAGCUCAGUGAGUUCACAAGGGAGACGAGCUUCGGCAUCGAGACGAGCGACAGUAUCAAAUGGAGGCGCGCGGAACUAAACUUGGCGGCGUCGAAUUUUAGCCGGGCAUAUCCUUGGGUUGUUAACUUCCCAUGCAACAAGCAUGGCAGUCACAACACGCAUAGGAUGGUCAUGACAUCAACUCCGCCCCCGGACAAUUCUUCGGAUGCUUUGCGGCUCCUAAAUUCUAAGAGUUGGGUCAUUGAAGUUGAUCUCCGGAAGGAAAAAGGAUCCACACUUUCGUGGAAUCGGAAGUACCAGCUAGUUUGCAAUAUUGCUGGACCACGGGACAUUGACUUCAGCGCCCAGUCUCUUGUGACUGAGGAGGAUAUUCCUUGUAGAGUGACGCGAGAAGGGAGCUACGAGUGA